AUGGCGACCAGUAAUGGAACGAGCAAUACUAUCGGGAGCAGCCAAAGAGUCCCUGAUGAUCCACUCCAUCAAUGGGAGAUUGAUGAGAGUCAUGAUCGAUUCCAGUGGAAGCUCGCUUGGCCCGGUGACCGCAACCUGUACCUACAGUUUGCUCUCCUAGCCACCAUUAAUGCUGUUGUGGCCGUGGCGUGUCUGAUUUUGAUACUCUCGCUUCUGCGAUAUCGCAAAGUCCGAAGGAAUCCCUUUAAUCUGUACAUUCUCUUUACUGCCAUUCCAGACUUUAUGACUUCAUUUCUCUGUUUCUUCACCUGUUCUUUAUCGGCCGCCAAGGGACGCUACUACUCCGAAUGGAUGUGCAGUUUUCAAGCCUUUUAUUUGACCUUUGGGUUUACGGCCAAUUGCUGGAUGAAUGCUGUCAUUGCCUAUGAAGUUUACAGAUUACUUCGAUUAUCCUCUAGACGAGAGCGCUACCUUCCUCCUACACGCACCCAAGUUUACCGACAAGUUGCAGUGGUCUACAUCUACGCCACAUUUUGGUCACUGCUGGGAGUCUGGAAGAUUCCAUUUUUACCCCAUGAUACGCUGCUAUUGUACGGCAUUGCUUGCUUUCCACACGAAUAUGAUCAAGCAAGUACCAUCUUUUAUUGGGUUCUCUUUAUUCCCGCAUUCAUGGGACGACGCCGAGAAUUGGCCCUUUUCUUUGGCCGUGUCAUUGUCAUCUACUUUGGCAUGUGGUUACCCUUCUUGUUCAUCUGUACACUGGGAAACUUUGUCAAUCUCUCGGAAUGGUGGUUUUGGGCCGGGGCAGCCUGGAGUCACAUUCAGGGAUUAGUGUCUGCAAUCGUGGCGGCGACGAGACCGCAAAUUUGGGGGGCGAUUGUGGAUUGCUUUCGUUGUGUGCCUGAAGAAAACAGAGUGGAGUCGUGGUUUGCCAGUAUGUUGGCGCAAUCCUUUCGAGGAGGACGUUUCAUCCAAGGGUCAACACCAGUGGUGAGUUUGGGUGGAAUCGACAACGUUUCCUUGCCCCUUGGGUCAACGUCUCUACAGGAUGUGGUUCAGGGUAAUGGGGAUGGUGGGGAUGAACCGGACGAUGAAGUUCUAUCCUUGAUGCGAGAGCAGGAGGAAGAACUCGCUGACGGGGGUGGGGAUGGGGAUACGAAACCACGAGAACUUUCGAGUACACAAACUGAGGGGGAUUGA